AAGCAGGCAGGCAAGCGGGCAGCAUCAUCACUGAGGGGUGAGACACGCUUUUCACACACAAGUGGACUGACUUGCAAACACCCGCACGGGGAGGAUCGGUGUAUACACCAGUAGGUACCAAGUCCGGCGGCUGCUUGCUGACCUGUCGCAAGGAGAGGUGCUCUGCUCGCAGCUCCAUGUCCGUUCCCGUCCUCUUAGCGCCACCCAUUUGCAACCCCUCCCGCCCACUUUGAGAGCUUGCCUGGCGCUGCGGAUGCUGAGGGGCUCUCGCUGGAAUGACCCUGAAGAGUAGGAGACACAAGGAGAUGUGUUCAAUAGGGCUGCCGGCUCGGAGCACCGCUUGAUCCUUCAAUCCUGGAAAGAAAAGGGGGGGGGGGGGCUGACCCGCUCAGCACAUGCAUGCCCAUGUAGGAGGGCAUGACUGUAUAAAGCGACGGUCUUCAUCAAUCAGACCGGACCAAAAGACAUCUACAGAGAAAGACGCAGGUGAUUAGAUAACAAGGCCCACCUGUGCCGUCCACUCACCUGUCGCUGUCUUCGAGGCCGGUCCUUGCAAACCCCGUUCCGCGGCAGGCCCGCAGGCCACGCCCCCCUCCACAGGGCGUUUUGGUGGGUCUUCUUUUGUGCGCAAUCAUAUUUGCCGCAUCGCCUUGUACAGUACUUAAUGUAAUGCAUCAUAAGCAGUGAUAUCCAUUGCAUUCACUUCUUCCAGGUUCCCACGUCGUGGACUUUGUGCGGAGUAAAGUUUAUGGGUGAUCCCUGCUGACGAAAGAAACGUUCCCCGUCAACACUCAAACACUGUGAAUGAUUUCUUCAGAGAGUGCAGCCUUUGCGAUGCAAACCUGACCCAUGCUGCGCCCUCCGCUCAGGGGAUGGCCAAGGUCCAGGAUGGACACAUAUACGCAUGUGACAGCUCUGCGAUGUUAGAGGAGGUCCAAGAUGGUAUGGACAGCGGUACCCUAAGUCCUGCCACAGCUCGACAGGUCACCAUCCAGCGACACCCAACUCAAGGCUUCGGCUUCAUCGCAGGCAGCCAAAGACCCGUCAUUGUACGCUCAGUCUCUGCCGACGGACCCUCCUUUGGUAAGCUUCUCCCCGGAGAUCAGAUCUUGGCCAUUAACGAGGAGACGGUGAGCGACGCGCCCCGAGAGAGAGUCAUAGACCUUGUAAGGUAGCAUCCUUUACUGUCCCAGGAGGGAGG